UUACUUAUUUUCUUUAGAAAAGCCAGACGGAAGGAGAAAGAUGCAGGAACCACGGAAGACCCCAAGCUGUACCUGGAAGAAGCGGCCCUGGAGAGACAGUUGCCUGAGCUGGACCUCAGGAUGCUGGUUGACUUACCACCCGGGCUGGACUACAACGAGUGGCUGGCCUCUCAUACGCUGUCUCUCUUUGAUCAUAUUAAUUUGAUCUAUGGAACUAUUUCGGAAUUUUGUACUCAAACUGGUUGUCCUGAUAUGACUGGGCCUGGACUUAGAACUUACUUGUGGUUCGACGAGAAGGGAAAGAAAACUCGGGUCGCUGCUCCGCAGUACAUUGACUACGUAAUGACGUUCACUCAACGUACCGUCAGCGACGAAACAAUAUUUCCCACAAAAUAUGCAAACGAGUUCCCGAGUUCGUUUGAGUCGAUAGUUCGUAAGAUCCUGCGGCUUUUAUACCACGUAGUGGCACACAUUUACCACUGCCACUUUCGCGAGGUUGCACUUUUGGGACUGCAUGCCCAUCUCAAUUGUGUGUUUGCUCAUCUUACACUUCUUAAUCAACGUUUCAACCUGAUUGAUCCCAAAGAAACCGAAAUUCUUGGAGAUCUAGAGGCCGCAUUACUUGGUGAUUCUGCGUCAUCAGUUCCAGAACCGACGACUGUAGCCACUUAA